GCGUGGGGCGUGCGGCGGGGCGCGUGUCCGGAGGCGGGAGCGAGUGAUGUGAUGCCCACUCUAUAGCAAUCGUUUCGGGACGGGACGCAGACGCCUGGCUCGUCACGCACGCUCGGAUUUACGCAUCGCGCGGGAAAAAAGUUUUUCCCACCGCCGAAAACUGAGUGUACCAACGAAACAUUUUAACGACUUUUCCGGAUUUUCUCGUGUUUACCUACGUGUCGCUCAUCUUGUGGAACUUUUCCAUUAAUAUUUUCUCUGGAAUGUGUGUUUAUCAGUUCGAAAUAAUAACUGGUGUAAUAAAAUUAUUGAUGAAUUAUAGUGAAAUAUCAAUAUAACUAGAACGUUUUUGUGUAUCAGAUGGUUUUCUUUGAGGAUCGUCAUGGGGACUUUAAGGAAAAAGAAUCACAACCACGCGUCGGAAAAGCCGAAAGGCAAACUAAGGAGGCUACGCGACAAUGCAGGCAGAGUGGUGAGAGAAGAAAAAAAAAUAGACAAUCAAGACACACAAAAAGUAUAUUUCGCCGGGCCAUGCGGUCAACACUCGUGCGGCGGGAUUGAGGAGGUGGGCUGCGUGCACGCCGAGAACAAGACCCAGCACUACUGCGUGUGCACCUCCACCGGCGAACCCACCAUAGACUACAAAUGUCCAAGGAGCACAGUGCCAGUAACGCCGCAGCCGAUCCACAACAUCAUUCCCCCACAGGCGCGCACCACCAACUCCUCAGACUCACGGUACCCAGCCUCACCGCCCACCGCCCACAUACGAUCGUUUCACAGGUUUGAUGAGGUAUCCGAUUCCCUGACCACCAGCAAGAUUUAUGAAGCGAAGACAGACGGGUCCAUUCAAGAAGCAAGCGUGAGCGGUGGAACUGGGGCGCUCCUAGCUGUCACAGGGUUAGGGGCACUGGUUCUGGUUAUCAUCACUGCCAUCAUCAUCGCGUACUACCUCAAGAAACGGAUCAGACUUGUUGACGGCAAGAAACAACCGCGUCGGCCAGGGGAACCGCUUCUAGCUGAACGGUAUAUAACGAACCCUCAGUACGGCGUCUACGGCGGGCAGGUCCUGCAUGCGGGUGCUGUGUCCGGCAACGUUGUGAAGACGGACGACACCGAGUCACAAGUUCCGCUGCUGGACGGCAACGCCCUCACAUUCCUCGAGGAGGUGGGAGAAGGUUGCUUUGGGAGGGUUCAUAAAGGACUGCUGAAAUCUGGUUCUGGAGAACAAGUAGUUGCUAUAAAGGUGCUGAAAGAGAGCGCAGGCCGUAGCGCCGAGGAAGACUUUGUUCGGGAGGUCUCCAUCAUGUCCGCCUUCCGACAUCCUAACAUACUGACUUUGAUAGGAGUUGUCUACAGAGAUGAUAUCAACGCUACCCCAUGGAUGGUAUUCGAAUACAUGGAGUGGGGUGACUUAGCUGGUGUCUUAAGAGGUUCCAGGGGGGGUGGCCGGCCAGGUCCUAUUUUGGAUGAACCGGCGCUACUUCACGUCGCUCUACAAGUAGCCCGAGGCAUGGAGUACCUUGCUGCACGACGAUUUGUACACAGAGAUCUGGCUGCGAGAAAUUGUCUCGUCGGAGCUCACUUAACUGUCAAAAUUGCUGACUUCGGCAUGUCUAGAGACGUGUAUACUUGCGAUUACUACAAAAUGGGUGGCGAACGACCAAUGCCGGUUCGAUGGAUGUCUCCAGAAAGUAUUGUUUACGCUAGAUUUACGCACGAAUCCGAUGUUUGGUCUUACGGGGUAGUGCUUUGGGAAAUUUAUAGCCGAGGCAAGCAGCCAUUUUAUGGACAUAAUAAUGAUGGUGCAACAAAACUAAUCUUACAAGGCAUUGUAUUAGUACCACCGGAAGACUGCCCGAGAUUUGCUGGAGACUUAAUGCGUGCAUGUUGGAAGUCAGAUCCGAGAGAUAGAAUAGGAUUUGACGAGAUAUGUAGGAAGUUGGAAGUGGCUGCUACUGCAAGUGGAACAGUGCAAACGCGCCUGCCUCGACCUCCGCCGCCAGCGCAAGAUACCGAAGGGUACUUGAUACCAGCUCAACGUCCCGCUGUAGACUACUUGUCCCCGUUGCCAGACCCAGAGCAGGAAUCAGAGUCGGAACUGAGUGAAGACGAGGACGACGAGUACACCUGACAGGAAGCGGCGGCGCCGGCGCCUCGGUAUGUGUCACACUCGUCGCUAUUGGCUGCCGCCAACGUCACCCUCACAUUCCCGCGGGAAUCCCAUCAGGCCCAAUUCGAUUGUUAAAUAUCCGAUGUAAACAUUUGAGGGUUGAAACUGUUUAAGUGAUAAUAAUACUCAAUUACCUAAGUGUGAUAUUUUAAACGUACUAAAAUAUUUUUAGGUAAACUCUCAUUAUUUCCCUUAGGUAGGUAUACUACAUAACUUCCCUGAGAGUAGGUUACCUAUCAAGAAGUGUUCUCAAUGUGUGCCAUAUACCAAAAAUAAAGUGUACCUAAUAUAGAUUUAUUGUGUUAAGGUUAUUUAUAUGACGCUGGUGUGUUAUCUACACACCACAUAUAGGAUAGGAUAUAGGAUAGACACUUAGGUACCUAUUUUAACUAAAAUUGGUAACUAUAAAAUGUACCUAUAACGAGACCAUAUAAGUUACCCUAAGUGCUAGAUAAAUUUUAACCAGGAUCUUUAGAACCGAAUCUGUAAAUUUGUAUAUACACGCCGAAUUAGUUAUAUAUAGGUAUAUUAAGUGUAGUAAACAUCAACGUUCAUCCAAUUUAAAAUGUAGAUAGGAUUAUUAUUUAAACCGCAUUUUAUGUAAGUAUAUCUAAACAUAACUUCUUUUUUAAUUGUACGGAGUUGGCAAAAAACUUUGGCAAAUUGAGAUGAUGCUAACCGUACCUACUUGGACACCAGGGUAUUGGUUGAUGUAAGAAGUGUAACUAUGUUCAAUAAGAAGCGACUCUUUUAAAUUGAUAAUAAGAAAAACAGUUUAAAUAAAGGAAAGAAAAGCGUUAUACCAAAAUUCAAUGUCUUCAACAUACCUAUAAUCCCGUUCUAGGAUAAGUGUAACUAACUAGCUUUAGGUACCACAUGUAGCAUAUGUCCACUUGAGGCAAAAAGCCAAUACUUAUUAAUUAAUAAUUGCAGUAAAAUUAGUGUAUAAAUCGGUUCAAUAAAAAUGAUAAAUGAUUUUCGAAGUUAAAAGUACUUAGCUACAAAGAUGUUUAUUAAAAGUAGGUAACAAUUAGGUAAAAAUUACCACUCUGUAAUAAUUCGAGAUAAUAAAUCUUGUUACUUAUUUCUUUUUAAAAAAAAGUCACCUUCCUACCCAGAUUGGUAUGAUAAAAUCGAAACCGUCAACCCGCAUAGUUUUUCUAAUUUUAUUUUAUUUAAAGUCAAUAGUGGUGUUAUGUAAUUGUCCUAUUUCAAUAUUUUGGAAAGUGUGUACAAAAAAUAAUUAUAUCCACCUGUACGUACACUACAAUACAGUUAACUGUUUAAAA